AUGCCCGUCCUCGUCCCGCCGGCACCCAACCUCCGGCCAUCCCAGAAGACAUAUGUCGACGGAUACAACUCGAUCGUGUCCCGCGUCCGCCGCCGCGGAGGCGCAGGAUCGGGCGGCGUAGUCGUAUUCGUCUCGGUUGAUGUCGAUGGACUCCUCGCUACACGCAUCCUUGCAGCUCUGUUCCAGCAGGACGACGUCGCAUACCGCAUCGUGCCCAUUGGGGGAUACUCGGAGCUCGAGGCGCGGAGAGAUGAGGCUCUCGCUUCAGAGGAGCUACACACGCUGAUCCUGCUCUCGCUCGGCUCAUUGUUGAAUCUCGCCGAGUACUUCCACCUCCCCGAGGGGGUGCAUCUGCACAUCAUCGACGCUCACCGUCCGUGGAACCUGGACAACCUCUUCGGCCUAGAAGUCGACGGCGAGGGCGACCGCAUCUGGGUCUGGGGCGACGGCGACGAGGUCAAGCUCGACAAUGUCAAGAAGUCCUGGGAGGCUCUGGAGGUGGCUGACGCCCAGCCAAGAAAGAUGCCCCGCGCAAUCCGAGACGCCCACAUCGAGCGCGUGAACCGGUACUACCACGCCGGAACGUCGUACGGCAUGUCGAUCGCGCUGACAGUGUACCUACUGGCAACCGUGCUCGAGCGGGCCGACAACGACCUGCUGUGGCUGUCAAUCCUAGCCGUGACGCACCAGUACGUGGCGGCCGAAAUUGACCGAUCACGGUAUGAGGGGGAGCACGAGCUGCUCCUGGACGAAGUGGUGCGGUUGAACCCCGAGACCACCGGCCCUCCAGACCCAGACAACAGGAGCAUAUCCCGGAGCGACGAGUUCCGCUUCGUCCUCUUCCGGCACUGGAACCUGUACGACUCGAUGCUGCACAGUGGCUACGUCGCGGGCCGAAUGGGGAUCUGGAAAGACCGCGGACGGAAGAAACUCCAGGGCCUGCUGGCCAAAAUGGGCUUCUCGCUGGCCCAGUGCACCCAAGCCUAUGCGCACAUGGACGUAAGCCUGAAGCGCGACCUGAGGGGGAAGCUGGACGCGAUCGCGCCAGAGUAUGGCCUCGUCGAGCUCGAGUAUCCCAGCUUUGUGAGGGCGUAUGGGUUCGAGAUGGCCGCGCUCUCGGCGGCGGACGCGUGCGAGGGCCUCGAGGCGCUGCUCGAGGCCGCGAAGGGGAUCAAGCUCGAGGUGGAGCAGGACGGCGGCCGGGGCGGUGGCGAGUGGUUCGGCUCCCUCAAGGUGUGGAGCGUGGACGACGAACCGGUCGAAAAGCCAGAGACGGAGAGCAAGAGCCAGCCCUGGCACGUGCAGAACUUUUGGAUCGCCUACGAUGCGUGCGACAAGCUCCUCCGCCGCAGCCUGCCGCUCGCCAAGACGCUGCACCGCGCCAUCAUCCGGCAAGGCAGCGCCAUCCUCGACAAGGGCAUCAUCCGCCCGCUGCGUUCCUUCCGUUUCGCAGCCAUCAAGGAGGGUCCCGACCUAAAACUGUUUUCCCACCCGUCAACCCUGUCCCGUCUAGCGCUGUGGCUCGUGGACGCGACACGCGACCGCUGGGCCGAGCGCGAGGAGCGCAGCGGGCGCAACGUCACCUCGCUGCCCUUUGUCAUCGCCUGUCUGGACGAGGAGAAGGACGCCUACAUGGUCGUAGGCGUCACGGGGGCGGUCGAGUAUGGCGAUGUGCGGAAGAACAAGUUUGGCCUCGCGUUCCAGCAAGCCAGCGAGGAGAGUGGGGUCGAGAGUAAGAUGGAGAUGUUUGACACGAGCGUUGUCGAGGGUAGCGAGGCCGCGAGCGCGACGACAGCCGCGCGAGAGGCGGAGCGCGAUUGA